AACAAGGUAAAUCAUGGAGUUUUUAUCGGGAUGUACAUGACGAAGCAUAACACUUUUACUUUCUCGGAUUUACUUACUCGGACUUUCCAUAUUCAAAGAGAAACAUGGAAUCAAUGAAGAAGAACGAUUCUUCAAAGACCCAAUCGAGAGAUGAGAAUGGAAAAGAUAAAUGUCAUACUUAUGAUAUCGAUGACGUACAGGACAAAAUAAAGAAAGUGGACGUGAAAACGUCUUCACCUACGAGUCUAUUGGCCAGGAGUACUUUAACAUUACCUACUGGUGUCAUUAAGCCCAUUCAAAGUGAGCAAGUGAAAGCAAAAGCCAAAACAAUUCCAUCGUCUGGAUCUGCUACUGGAAACCCACAGAAUAAGACGGCCUUAGCACCAGGGCAUAGUUUGAUGGAUUGGAUCCGAUUGGGUAAUUCAGGAGUCGAUUUAACUGGAGUCGGUGGUGUACCACAAGUUGUAACCUUAUCAGAGCUUGCUAAUCAUAACAAACAAACUGAUGCUUGGAUUGCAAUCCGAGGAGUAGUAUUCAACGUUACGCGUUAUAUGGAUUUUCAUCCAGGAGGAGUUGACGAGUUGAUGAGAGGUGUCGGCAAAGACGCCACGAAAUUAUUCGAUAACGUGCACUCAUGGGUGAAUUAUCAGAGUAUUUUGCAAAAAUGCAUUGUAGGCAGAUUAAGUCGUGGGAUUUCCUCCGCGUCAAGCACUUCCUCAAUAACGGAAAAGUCAAACAAUUGUUUGCCCAUGACAUUGGGUCGAAACAUACGUUCUACUGUACAAAAGGCAGUUGAUGAAAAUUCAUCAAAUUCGUCUAAUGUGAAUAUGGAUUGGCAGCAAACAUCUAAUUCUAUUACACUUUUCUAUCAAGGUGUACGCGACUAUCCAGGUAUAUAUUAUCGAUUACAAAGGUUGAGUGAUUCGAAAAUCAUCUUCAGGCUAACUUUUGAAAAGCACAUUAUCAUCAAUGAGAUCGAAUUAAUCGCAGAUGUGGAAUGGCCACCAAUAUAUAAAAGAGAUUUUGAAACAAUGCAGGUAGACUUUACGUUUACAAAAAAACUUAAAGAUAUUUGGAAAUCUCAGGGAAAUCAUACAUUAUCGCAAGAAUCAAUCACAAACAAACGCACGUACAGAGAGUACGAGAUAGUCAGUAAUACACCCCUUUGCAACUUAGUUCAUUUCUUAGUUUUACGUGCGAAAGAUUUUCUAGAAAUAAUUCCCGUUGGGAGACACAUAGAAGUCAAAAUGAAUAUAAUGGGAAUGGAAAUAUCAAGGUCAUAUACGCCUGUCCCAUCGUGCCUUCAUCCUGAAGAUAUGGCGCCAAAUUAUAAGCCUGAUUGCAUUUGCUUGAUGAUAAAGCGAUAUCCAAAUGGUGCACUUAGUCCGUCCAUCACCAAAUUACAACCUGGCCAAACCCUUAUAAUGAGCAAUGGUUUGGGUGCCUUUGUAACCGAAUCUUUCGAUCGGUAUCCUGUUAUUCACAUGCUAGCAGGUGGCACGGGUUUAACCGCAAUGUUAGGAAUAAUUCAGCGAGCUUUAGGAAGGCGCAAUGUAAAAUUAAUCAAUCUUCUAAAUUUCAAUAAGGAUGAGGACAAUAUGUUUUAUGUGUCGCAACUUGAUAAAGUAUCUUCAGAAAAGAAGUUCAAAGUUACACAUAUCCUUUCACAAGCAGGAGAUAAAUGGGAAGGUAGACGCGGUACGGUAUCUGAUAAAUUAUUGAAAGAAUUGAUUGGCGAGUGUUCACCAGAAGGAUGCAUAUUUACGUGUGGACCAAAAGGAUUUAUGCUAUCUGCGAAAAAGUGUAUUCAGACACUUGGUUGGAAAUCUCAUCAAAUGUACGAUUUCGACGAUUAAUCGUUUGUGCUGAAAGUAUACGUGCCAUGUAUGUUUCCUUUCCUUUUAGAGAGUCUUUCUAGAGAGCCUAAUGAGAUAUGAAACUCGUACCUGUCGAAUCACGUUUAGUUAAAUAUUUGGUACUUUCCAGCAAGAGACAUAAUGUAAUACAGUGAUCGUUUUAUCUUUUUUUAACAU